AGUCUUGCCAUAUUUCUUCUUCCCGCCUGAAGUUUAUUUUUGUUGACUGCCAUUAUUGACGCCGAUUCGCAUACUGUUAUUUUGUUAUAUAAAGUUAUAGUCUUGACACGAUUGAGUAUAACUUAAAUUUUAUUUACUACUUAUUACGUUAAUCAUUAUGGAGAACGAAAAUAUUACAAUGCAAUCUGAUGAGCUCCGAAAAGAUGAGACUGAAUACAUGGAAAUUCAUGAAGAGAAAGCAUUUAUGCAAGAGACUCAAACAAUCCCAAAAGAAAUUUCUAUUUCUCAAAGUAUCAGCAUUAAUAAAUCUAUGACAUUCGAUGAUAUUUUACAAAGCUGCGAAUGGGAGGUCGAUGAUUUAGCCUGGGCUCGCAUGAGCAUUUACCCUUUUUGGCCUUGCAUUGUCACGUAUGAUCCUAGUUCAUUGAUGACUUACAAAAAAGUUCAAUCUAUUCGAAAUUCUAAAACACUCAUGAUUCAUGUUCACUUUUUCAAUGAUAGCGGUAGACACUGUUGGGUACCUGCGCAUCACAUGAUCCCUUUUGUAGGUAUUGAAGAUUUUCGAAAAAGAGCUAAUAUGGUGACUGAUAUGAUACGCAAAAAAGAACCCAAAUUUGCUGCAGCAUUAACAAUCAAACCUAGUACUUUUUUAACUUGGCAAAAAGCAGUGGCAGAAGCUAUGGAUGUACUUUAUGAUCUUGAUCAUUCAUCUUUAGAAAAUUUUAAGAUAAAUGCUAAGGAUAUAGUCAAAGUUAAUCCCACUAAAAGUACUAUUGCUAGUCGGAAGAGAAAACGAAAAUAUGAUAAAAACACUGCAAAGGUGACCAAAACCACUGUACAAAGUAAUGGAUCAAACAUAGAUUCAGAGAUAGAUGAUCCACAAUUAGAAAAUUUGAACUUAGAAACUCCUCCAGUUUCACCAGCAAACGAAGAAGAUUUACGAGUAGCAGUUUAUCAAAAACAAAAAAGAAUUUCCAAAAUGAUUAAUAAAUUACAGCCACCUGAUUUCGAAGUAUAUUUUGAACGAAAUCUGUACACUAUCAAAGAACGACAUCCUGAAUCAAACGAAGAUGAGAUUCGUGAGUACUUGCAAGAUAUUUGGAAUCAGAUGUCAGUAGAAGAUAAACAAAAAUAUCGAUCCACUUAUAAGAUUGAGGCUGAUAGUUAAUUUAUAAUACGUUGUUUAAUAAAAAGCAUUUCCCCAUUAAGUAAUUUAGAUAGGUCAUGAAAUACUUGAAAUCAAAAUAAUUACUGGAUGAUAUAUUAUUUUAGAAUUAUGUUUUGAAUUAUAAAUAUUCAAUUUGAAGUAAUCUUGAAUUCACAUGCAAUUCAUUAUUUUGAUUUCUCAUGUCUCACUGAUAAAAUGUCAAGUAAAAUGUAAAAGUUUAAAAGAUAUGAAACUUACUAGUCAAAACAUUCAAUUGACAGUUUCUAAUAAUUAAUAAUAAAAAAUUAAUAAAUUGUGCCAAUUUUAGUUUGAAACGUCAAUUGAAAAUGCACUAUUGCAUUAAGUUGAGCUUCAAUACAUGUUGCAUGAAAUUAUAAUUUAAUUGAAUUCCUGUCAAAUUGUACAUUUUAUUUUAUGAACUGAUUAUGCAAACAUUAAUGUACGCUAAACUUGUAAUUUUCAAAAUGUGAGCAUUAAAAAUUAUUUCUAGUAAGUUGCAUAUCAGAAGUAUUCAUGAUUUUUUCAAUUGUUAAAUAACUUAAUUUUUUAAUGAACUCAUAAACUUUGUGUAUUCCAAUAUGAUUUUAAAAAUGAUUGAUCAAUGCACAUUCAGAUUUGAUAAUUAAAAUAUUUUUUUGUCCGCGCAAGACUGAAAGCAAGUGCCUUAUGCUAAUAUUUUCAAUCUAGAUCAGCUGACUGUAAAGCACGAAAAUUAAUAUUAUAAGUAAAUUUGUAUAUUGUGUUUUUUUUUGCUUUUUAAAUAUACAUAACAUUAUUAUUUAUAUGUUGCAAGGUCACGAUGGACUAAUUGAAUAAUUUCUAUAACGAAUGAAUUUGAUGUAUAAAUGAAUAAAACGUUAAAGAUGUUAGAACUUAGACAUUCCAUUUUGUGACGAAUUAAGUUUUAUUUUCAAAAGUUUCAAAAAUCCCAAACAACCGGGCAUAAUGACUGCAAUAUACAUUUACCAUAUUUUAGACUUAACGUAAAUUUAUAUAGAUAUGUUUACAAAUUGUUACAUCUGCAAUAUGAGUGUAGCUAUGAGACUGCAAUCAUCACAGAAUA